AUGUCCAAUACCGCUCGUUUCAAUCGUGGCAGAAACGCCGAUGGAAGUCGCCCUUCCAAGCGCCGACGGACAGGCGUCUAUCACGACCGACUCCUGCUCAACGAUGACUUGGACAUCAUAAACUCCCGUGAAACUCAAUUUAAUACUUCUCAUCGACUCGUCUCGGAGACACCGCGUACCACUCAAAUGGGGGAAAUGAUGUGGGUGGCUGACGAUAAUGAGUUUGGGCUGGACCCGGGAUCAGAGUGGUACGAGGAAGCGAUGGAGGGGGACGUGAUGGUGGACGGAGGGCUGCCAGAGGUCCAGAAAAAGAAGAAGAAAGCCAGGAGCAGGCUAUCAAUUGUGUUGCUCGCGGAGUUGCCUCACCUGGCACCCCCGACCAUCGCUGUUCUGACUGCUGCUUACCUGACCUCAUAUGCACCUCGUGUUGUGUUCGACGCCACCGUUGUCCCGUUGCAUCAUAUAGAGAAGUGGAGUGGUCAUUACUUUAUCAAGACAAGCCUGAAGAGCCUCAGGUUACGCAUCCAGCUGAACCACAUGCGAUCGACGUGCACCAACACUGAGCCCUGCCACCAAGACCUUCGCAUUCUCCAUACAAACGGCAUCCACGACGUGGCCUUCGACUAUUGCGGCUGUUUACGUGCUGUGCCAAAGCACAUUCAGCUCCUUCGGUGUGGGCUUUAUCCAGCCAGUCAAAAAACACCUAAGACUUGCGCCUCCUUCGCUCUUUUACAGCUACUCCAUCUGCUCGCGUUGACCACAAAGGGUUCGACUUACGACUUCUACCGGACGCUGGAGAAAUUGACCAGCAACACGGGCCUCAGCGUGCCAACUUCGAGAUAUCGGCCACUUCUGCGGAUGGUUCUUCAAUUUCGACACCUUAAGAUGUUGAAGAGGGGAGGUGUGGGUCAUGACCCGGCAGGGGUCGAGGGGGUGGGGGAGGGCGCUCUGGGCUUGAGCUGCCCCCACUGUCCUCGCCCAGGAGUCAACCUUCCUGAUGGAUGGGACAAGGCGCCAGAAUCUCUUAGGUUCUUAUACUUUCUGACCUACUCCAUGGACGCCAACUUUCGUCUCAAAAAUCAGCUAGUGUCCUCCUUCUCCAGUGAUCCAGGCCUGGGUAUUGGGAUGGCGUACAUGGUGCCACGCGAAGGCUAUGACUCCUAUGUGUUGUCUCGGGCAAGUGAUGCAGAUAUAAGUACGUGUGUGGGCUUUCAAGCCCUGGCAAAGGCGAACUCUAAGUUUUCGAGGGGGCUGAGGUUUACGGGCGUGGGGGCCGUUUCGUGUGCCCGCUCGGAGAUGGUUCUUCCGACCUGCGUCGGGAACCUGCAGAAGGGGGAGAGGUACGCCAAUAUGGACUACAUAUUUGGUAGGGCCAUACGCGAUGUUUCCCCCAACAUACCUGUGGUCGUGAGCUAUGACAUCGCAUGUCAAUGGUUUGUAAACCUUCGAAAAAGGAUGGACGACCACUGGCCUAUGGAUCUGCUGCCUGCCUCCCCCCUCGACAUGCGCCCACAGAUCCCUGCUUUCCCCGAGCCAGGCCAUGGCCAGCGGAAACACCAAGAAUAUUCCUUCAAGCUCUCAUGGGGGAUGGGGCUCACGGAUGGAGAGGGCUGUGAGCGAAUAUGGGCAGCAAAUAACGCCUUGGGUAAUGCUAUGAAGACGCAGGGCCCUGGUUCACGUCAAGACGUUAUCAACGACCAUCUCGGCUUUUGGAAUUGGCUAAAGUAUUGUGGCAUGGGUAAGAAUUUCUUCAAAAUCAUUAAAUUCACUGCUGACUCCAUUGUACAGGAAUUGGCUGCUGAGUGGAUGAAGCUGUGCAAGGAUUGGGAUAGGGCAACGUACCCAAAGCAGGCAGAGAAUCCGUUUAUCACCCACGGACUUUGCCUGACUGAGGCAGAAAUUCAGAAGGAGUUCGCUGCAGAGGAGGAGUCGUUGCUUGUAGGCAGUGCACCUGCCCUCCACUCCACCACCAUGUCCUCGUUCAUGGUCUUAGCUUUGGAUCUGGAGGAUUCACAGCGAAGACUCUGGGUGUACAUGCCCGGGCUUCAGCAGCUACAGCUGGAGCAGGAAAGGACCAACAGCAAAACGCUGCGCGCAGGGCACUUCCAGCCACCCCCUGCAUCUAAUCACCCAGAACACGUCGACCUCUGGCUUCCCUCCUCCCUCUCUUCCACGUCAUGCGUAUCUGUCUGCAGCGCUCGCCUCAUCGCCAUAGAGGAGAAACUGAGGAUGGCCCAGUGCAGUGAUGCACUGGAAAGUUUGCGUCAUGUCCUCUGCGUCAAGAGCCGGAUGAUUCUGUUCAAGAACAAAAACGUCAGGGGUCAGAGAGAUGGUACGCAGUCUCGAUCGGUCAUUGAUCGGGUACAUGCUCGGGCACGGGCUGCAGCCACCAAGUAUCGCCUUGCUAGAUUGGCAAAGCUUUCGCUCUCUGGCCCAGGUGCUUGGGAGAGCGCUCUGCGUGUACUUCUGGACUCCGACAUCCGUGCGUACAGCGACCCAGAGAAGAUGCGUGUGCCUGUAAGGCAGAGGGGAACGUUGGAGCAUAAGUCAGAGGAGGUGGAGGAAUCAGGCCCAUCAAACACACAGGCACGGGAAAUCGACCUUCGACCAGAAAUUCGAGGCCGACGCGAUGGAACAGGGGACACACACUGCACCCUCUCGUGGAUAUGGCAGAUGGAUGGCUUUGCUGUCAGCGGGGAGGAUGUAGAGGACGACAUUCUACGCUCGGAGUGGGCAAAGAGCAGGGCAAGGGCAAAUAGGGCAGAGGAGGAGGUCCUUCUUGUUCGAGAGGAAAUGAGAAGAACAUUGGAGUUUCUCAACUGGAAGGCACGAUGGUGGGAGGAAAGGGGCAAGCUGAGAACUCCAUCAGACAAGGACUGUCUGGAGGGCCUUCAGGCCUACUCAAUGGAGCAGGCUGCUUUGCAUAAGCAGCUCCACACAAGUUUCAAGGAGAUAUGGAGGCAGCCGUUAGAGGACGCAGAGGAUGAGGAGGGGGAGGUGGUUGAUGAUGAAAGGGGGGGGGGAAUUGAUGGGGAUGAUGACGAGGAUGCCAAGGACGACAGUGAGGAGGGCGAUGACGAGGAAGACGGGGACGACCCUGAUGACGACGACGAUGAUUGA